UUAUUCGACUUAAUUGAAACGGAUCGCAAAUCAAAUGGCCCAGCCUCUGCUGGUUGCACGAUUACUGGUACUCCUGGUAUUGGAAAAAAAUAUUUUGGUCUAUAUCUUCUCUUUUAUAUUCGCUACAAUUUUCCUGAGGCUACAAUAGUCUGGCAAUACAACGAAAAAAUUUGCUAUCGAUUCUUACCUAAUGAUAAUGUGCAAAAAGGGGAUAUUAACCUGUUUGACGGAACACUGAAUAGCCCUAAUAACUUCCUUAUAGUUGAUGCGCAAGCUUUGACAUUUAAUUAUCAGGCCUAUAUGAUCCAGCUCACAUCAAGGGGGGAAAGAUUUAAUGAGGCUGUCAAAUGGCCAGGAUUUGCUAAAUAUUUCAUGCCAGUUUGGAAACUCGAAGAAAUCAUUGCACUUUGGACUCUUCAAUACAAGAACAAGAAAAAUAACUGA